GGAAUGAAGUUGAGAAAAACAUUUGUUUACAUUUUGCACAAUAUUCGAAGUAAGGAACCAAACUGUUUGAUCAUUUAUCUGCCUUCUGGUACUCGUUAUGGCCCAAACCUCGCGAAAUUCAGAGACGGAAGCUCUUACAUUACGCAAAUUGAUUUUGAAUGCCCGGAAACCGUUUGUACUACGUAAUUUUAAAAUGAACUGGAAAUAUUUUGAGCAAUCGCUAGAAGAAUGGUGUUUAAAUUAUGACAAAGCAACGAAUUCCCUAACAGAAUUCGAGGUAAUGCCUUGCAAUCAAGGCAAUCAAUCGCCACAUUGGGAACGCAGCCGAAAAUCUAAACGAAUGACAUUAUCACAAUUUUUAGAAAAACAAAAAUUAGCAACGGCAGAUAAAUGUUGGAUUGGACUUAACUAUCAAAGAUUAAACAAUUUGCCAGCAACACUUAAAGAAGGAAUUGAUUUUUCAAGGUUGGGUUUUAGCGAAGUUACCGACGAAUGUAAUUACUGGCUGUGCUCUAGGCAAACGAAUACGCCAUGUCACUACGACACCUACGGAUGUAACAUUGUAGUACAAGUUUACGGCAGGAAGUCAUGGCUGCUUUUCCCACCAAAAACUCCGCUGACUUGCACAAGAAUACCUUAUGAAGAGUCUAGCAUUUACUGUGAAGAAAAUAUUUUUGCACCAAACAUUGAAGAGGUGCAACAACUGUCAAAAAUUGGCAGUUCCGCCUAUAGAUGCAUUUUAAAUGCAAAGGAUGUAUUGAUCGUGCCCAGACAUUGGUGGCAUUAUGUUGAGGCUAUGGACGUCUCAUUAAGCAUUAACUACUGGAUACCGUUAGAGAAUGAUAGAGAAGAACAAUUACAGGAAUGCAUUGUUAAGAUUUUAAUUGAGCGCUUUGUGAAAAGUAGCAACCAGGAAGAGCGAAAUUACAUUCUUAAUCCUAAUCAGGAGGGCGAAAUAAAAGAUGAUUCAGAAAUAUUUGACAUUUUAAAAUAUUUGUAUGAGAACUCUAAAGAUAGUGGUCCAAAAGUAAAGGCCCGCCGACUUAAUAUCUCAUCUUGUCCUUAUCAGUACUUGGAUGAACUGGAGUGCCAAAACCUAAUAAAAGAGUUGCCCGAAGGAAUGGUAGAAUAUCUCGCACCUAUGGCAAAGUUCGACUACGAGGCCUUACUAAAUAAAAAUGCACAGCGUUUUAAAUUAAUAAAAACAAACUCAGAACUCCACCAAUUAAAUGACAUCAAAAAGGCCUUAAUAAACAGUUUUUGUGCUCCUACAGUAAUAGAACAAAUCAAAAAAGAAUUUUUCAAACGCUAUCAAUCGUGAAGAACUAGCAUUCGUCACUAUUA